AUGAGCGCCCAGCCCCCGCCCAGACUCCUGGAACCGGCGGGAAAGCACCUGCUGAAGGAAAAGGCCUUGGCCAUCGUCGCUCUGGAGUAUCCUCCCUCAGCUCAUGGAUACCUCCAGGUUCCAGAAGUAGAGCCAAGGGACGACGGAAGGGAAAAGGAGGUAGAGAAAAGUGAGGUGGCACAGAGAAGUUCCCUCCACCUGUGCUGGAAGAAGGUAAAGACUUUUACAGUGCCCAUCCAAAAGAUCGAGAAGGUCCUGACUAUGGGGCAGGUGGACAGCAUCCUUCUGAAGGUGGACGAGAACUGCACUUGGAAGCUGUCCGUCCUGGGGAUGUUUGCACCUUACCUGGGCCAGACAAGUAACGUGCAAAGACUCUGGCCCUCCCAUGUCCAUGUGACCGCCUCCAAGGAGGAGAAGCAGCCUGUCACCCGAUUCAUUUCUCCAUUCCCCUGGCCGCGCUGUUUACAGAAGCUCUCUAUGGAAUGUCCCUCCUUCCUCGAGGGCCGCCUGGACCAGAUGCUCAGGCCUAACUGCUUGGUUUCCCCCAAGUGCCUGAAGACCCCUUUGGAUCUUCAUAAUGAAGAUCUCUCCAUAACGAACUGUCAGCUCACAGAAUCGGACUUGGCCCGCCUCUCCCAGUGCCCGAACAUCAGCCAGCGGAAGGACCUGGAUCUGAGUGGCAUCGGCCUGAUCUGUUUCAGCCUUGAGCCCCUCUAGGUUCUGCUAGAGAAGGUGGCAGCCCCCCUCCAGGACCUGGACUUAGAUCUGUGUGGACUCACGGAAGCCCACCUUGAGGCCAUCCUGCCCACUCUGAGCCGCUGUCAUCAGCUCUGGACCUUCAGUGUCUGUGGGAACCUCCUCUCCAUGGCCAUGGUGGGGAGGCUGUGGGGCCACACCGCCCGGCUGUGCCAUCUGCACCUGGAGCUGUUUCUCCUGUUUCUCCUGUCCCUCUGGAGAGACCUCAGGGAGCUCUCCAUUUGGGGAGAUCUGCCCAGGUUCGGGCUGAGCUGA